CUUUAUCUUCUCUGCAUCGCAAGUCGCAACAACUCGAUAUAUACAGAGCCACUUUUCAUCUGCGCAGUCAAGACUGAAAUUUGAAGAGCGUAUUGGUAGCAUGGAGUACCAGGGGCAGCACGGGCACGAAACCAACAAGGUGGAGGAGUACGGCAAGCCGGUGGCCGGGCACGGCGGCGUCACCGGAGGCCCCACGGGAACACACGGCGCUGCGGCCGGUGCCGCUGGCGGGCAGCUCCAGCCGAUGAAGGACGACCACAAGACCGACGGCGUCCUGCGCCGCUCCGGCAGCUCCAGCUCCAGCUCGUCCGAGGACGAUGGAGUGGGCGGGAGGAGGAAGAAGGGGAUGAAGGAGAAGAUCAAGGAGAAGCUCCCCGGAGGCGGCCACAAAGACACUGCCGAGCAGCAGCAGCAGACGGCGGUGGCCGGGGAGUACGCCGGUACGCACGGUGCGGAGGCCACCGGAGAGAAGAAGGGCGUCAUGGAGAAGAUCAAGGAGAAGCUCCCCGGCGGCGGGACGCACUGAGCUGUAUCUGCUCCAAGCCUUCGUGUUGGACUACGUCAGAGCUCAGCAGCAUGCGUGUGUUGCAAAAUAAGAUCCCCGCGAGGGGUGUGUGUUCGUGAUCCUGAAAUGAUCGGCGUCAGCGAUAUGUGUUUCGUUUUUGUGAACCGAUGUAUGUGUAUGCGUGUAUAGUACUCCGUAUGUAUCAAUCUGCCCUCC